CUCUUUGCCGGAUUGGGUGGAGUGAACUUGGACAAGCUAGUGGACUUUUUUGCUUUUUGUAAUUACCCAGAUAUCCAGCGGCUCGACAAAGGCGCGUUACAGCAUCUCAAAGGAAAAUCCUUCUUAUGUACUUACUGACAGACUGCGCUCAGUUUAGCGACCUUUACCCAUGCAGCCGUCUGUAAGACAUGGGGGAUGUGAGUGAGACGUCUUUGCUGGACUACAUCUGUUCCUCUGGAGGAAAAGUCAAAAACUCAGACUUAUUGAAAACGUAUAAGCAGUUUAUAAGCCAUAGCGAUUUGCAACUGCGUGCAAAAUACAGGGAGGAGUUCAAGCUCAUCAUCGACAGGAUAGCUGUGUGUAAAUCUGAGAAUGGGGAGAAGUAUCUUAUCCUGAAGAAGAAGUACAAACAUUUGAUGCAGGAGCGUGAAUGCGCAGCUGGAGCUCAAGUAAACACAGGAGGGAAGUCUAACAGCAGCUCACACUCAGAGCACCAGAGCUCAGCUUUAGAGCAGCAGCCAAGCCCAAGUCUGAUGGAGGUGGGGGAAAGGAGGAAGGCAGCGCAGGUCUCAUGGUGUGGGCCCACCAUUACAGUCACUGAAGCCCAAGAACAAGAGCAUACAGAAGAUGAGCAGGUAACGGACAGCUGCCCCUCACUUACGGCCCCUGCAGAGAACCCGGAAUCCCCAACAGAGGAGCCUCCUGAGCCCGCAGAUGGAGAAGAUGAGAUGGACAAGGAUUCAGGUUCAAAGUCAGAAUCGGAGCAGGAAGAAGAAUGUACUGGUAGUGUAGGCUCUACUUCUGUGGCUCUGGAUCCUAUAGAGAAGGAAUGGAUCUAUUCUGCAGCCUGCGGCAGACUGACCCACCUCACCCAGCUGCUCAAGCAGGACGCCUCACUGGCCAACAAAAAAGAUUUUACCUCAGGGUUUACGGCUCUACAUUGGGCUGCUAAGCAUGGCAAAGCAGACAUGGCUGUUGCCAUGGCUGACGCUGGAGCUGAUGUCAACAUCAAAGCUCAUGGAGGAUACACACCUUUACACAUUGCUGCGCUGCAUGGCCACCGCCACAUAAUUGAUUUACUAAUUACAACAUAUGGAGCAAAAGAAAACCUGCGAGACUACAGCGGCCACUUAGCAUCCCAUUACCUGAACAUGCAGAAGAUAGCAGAGGAGAGCAGUGAGCUAAGUCCAGAGUAUCAUAGCCCGGCCCAAGUGAACGAGCGGCGCAACAGAAAGCUAACUUCACUCUUUCAGUCUCGGAAAAAAUGGGGUUCUGCAGAAGAUCUGGCACCCGUCCCGGAGGAGAGGACAGCGCCCCAUCAACUCAUGAUCCCUGCCUUCAGACCAAGGAAGUUCUCCCGCUAAACGGUCAUCACUGGUACACAGUAGACUUUAAUUGGAGUGAGUUGAAGGGUUGAAGUACAGUGUUUUAUCCUUUUUUUGCUUUGUAAUAUUUGCUGUGCCUUACAUUGUUAUUUAGUGAUUUAUUUUAUUAUAUUGCUGUUUAUUUUUAUUUUUGUAUUAGAGGUAUCAGAGGUAUUUCUCAUGCUUUACGCUUCUCUUAUUUUUUGCCUCUGUAUUUCUUGUCCAUACAGUUCAAAUAAGAAACUCAAGGUUCAUCAUCAUAUGAACCAAUAUAAAAGUAAUCAGAGGAAUGUUUGCUUGCUUAUUCUUUAGACUUUCUCCAUGAUGGCCCUGAGGAAUGUUAUACAGGGAAGGAUUGACUACAAAAGUCAUGCUGCUACAUAGUCAUACUUUUCUUAAGUCUACAGAACCACAUUCAGAAUCAUGUCUAAUGGAAGGUGCCAAUUAUUUUUAAGCUUUACAGUUAUUUCUUAUGCUCAUGUGCUCAAAAUUUAAAAUACAGUUUUGUGUACCUUCUCUACUGAGAAUAUUAAGUAUUAUAAAUAUUAUAUCUAAUAAUAUUCAUUGAAGUGAUGCUUAUUUUUUGCUAUGAUUAGAAUUUUCUAAUGAGAAGACACAGAGGUGAUAAAAAAGACAUCAUGUUCAUUUGUGUCUAAUGCUGGAAAAUUGUUUAAAAUUUGUUUUCUUAUUUUUCUGCCUUCAUAUCUCGUUGUACGGUUUAGCAAAGUUUUUUUGCUUGUGUUGCUGAUCGUAAUUGUUUCUGUGUGGAAAAAAAAUAAAUAAUUUUGUAUUAUGA